AAUUAUAAUAUUCGUAACACCGACUAGGUAUUUCUUUUUGUUUAUAUGAGAUCUAAAAAUAAAUAUUGGAAAAUUCAUCUUUGUUGUCAAGAUGGUAAUUAUUUUUGCUUGACACUUUUUUAAAAAGAUACAGUUUUAUUAAUGUGAAAGUGAGUCUUUUUAUAUCAAGGAAAAUAUACGUUGCGCACAACAAUGUAUUAUGUAGCGAAGCUAAAAUGUCCAUUGAAUAAGGUAAUCCAUCCAUUCGAAAUUACAUCUCUCCCGCGUAAAUCGUAUUAUUAGCCUAGGGUACGACAUACACAUAUCCUGGUACGCCGCGAUCCAGCAAGGGCAGUUCCGUCAAAGCCGCUUGAUCCUAUCCGGGGGUAUUAAACGGAAAUCGUCGACAGAUGCGUCCGGCCAGUUAGGUCGCAGACUCGCGCGCGGAUUAAUAACCGAAGAUCCCCCCCCCCUCGAGUUAAUUAGCGCUGCGGCUUAAUACGAAAUGCCAUCACGGCACGUGUCGUGAUAACUCGCGGGCCCCGGACCGCCGGCAUUUGCAGCCGGUCGGAAGUCCGGUUUCUCUCUUUCUCUCUCCCUCUCACUGUCUCUCACUUCGCAUGGGUUUGCGGCGUGCGCACCGAUUCCGCACGCGUUGCACCGCACGGACAUUGGACGUGACGAUCGUGCAUUCCUAGUGCGUGGCUGGCCGGUGCAUAAAGGACGUGGCGGGCUGCCGGUCCGUUGUGCCCGUACACCGGAAGCCAAUCCGAUAGAAUGCGCGGACAAUGAGGAGAGCUCCUCUGCCGGAGGAAGCUGGCUGGCAUCGCGCCGUCGGCUUCGACGCGCCCCAUUGAUUGGUACGCGCACGUACAGCCGGCUCCCUUUGUGCCCUACCUUGCUCCUGCGCAAGGUGCAUUCACCUUGGUCAUAUUACGGUUUAAUUGAAGUUGAUGCCGGCCGCGUAUAAAGGCCUGGACGAUAUAUCGCGCCUGGGGAUCUUGGGAAAUGUAAUUCGCGAGAUUAAAGUGGAACGUAGGUCAAAGGGGAUGUUAAUCAUUUUUAGUGCCGGACUCGAUGUCCCAAAUUGUCCCACUCUUCUCAAACCAAUCACGCGUUGUACCGAUCGAGCGGAGAUUUUGCACAUGCAGGGAAAUGCGAUUUCCGGAGUUAUUUUGUACACGUGUAAGCGUGUACGUAUAACAGGUAAAACGUCUUAAGGAUCGCGUGCACAAAAUAAAAGACAUUAUGUGUACGACGAUAUGUAAAUUUUUAACAUACAUCUCAAACAAUAAUUAAAUUUUGAAUACAUAUAUUUAUUUUUAUACGUGUUCUUUUUAAUUCUUGCACGUUUUUAUUUAUACAGAAUUGUCACGAUAACAGUUUAUUGAUAUGAAAAGCCUUCACUCUAAAAAUACCACAUCGUUCAAUAUAUACGUAUAUAUAUAUAUAUCGAAAAUCCGAUUAAAACGAAAAGGUCAAUGAAUCAAUUUAAUAGAAAUACGAUUGUCUUUUCGAUUAUUUGAAUAAUUCGAUUUUGGAAACAAAACGAUUUUCUGGCCAGUCAUCAAUCGAGUAAUGCCAGCUCUAAAAACAAAUUCGGUAGAACGCGGAUAAAUCCGUAACGAAGCGUCCAUUUAAAUUUUCAUUAAGAACACGCUGCGCUCCUGUAAAUUUAUCACAUUCCUGCUAUUAGUUCCCCGUGUUAUGCCACGUCAGCGGCAGAUGAUUGUUCGUCAAAUAGAGCCGGCAAGAUUUUUAAAAUUCUUUGUACAACAUUACAUAAUUAAACAGGGAGCGGUUCGAGCAAACGCGCCCUUUAAUUUCACGCGAAAUGCAUAAUCUUGAAAAAUUGGCAAAUUUUUUCCGAACGAAAUUGCUCCCGCCUCGGUCGGCGGCGGCUUCAAGCUUAGAUCUCAUUAGUUUUCAUUUAAAUCCGCUGUACGCUCCCCCACGAGAUGUUCGUGAGCGCAGCGGCCGUUCCAGCCGUUCCCGGAGUCAUUAUUCUCGGAACGUCCCUUCGGCGAGCUCGUAAAAAUUGAUCCUUAUCGCGAGAGCCGCGCGCGCUCCACCGAGGUGCCGCCGGAUAUUCAAUUAAAGCGAGCCGCUCAAACGGCCGUGCCGUCGCGUCGAUAUACGGCGGAGCCUAGACGUGCCAGACAAUCGACGCGGUCUAUCGUGCCCGGCGCGGCGCUUCGCAUCGCAACGCGCCGCAUCGCGCCGCAUGCACGCAUGCCGCCGCACACAACUCGCGUCUCUUAUCGAUUUCGGCGAUAUCGGCGGUGCACGCUCGCCCCCGCGCUCGCCGGUUCUAUGGCAAUUUCCGCGUUCUCGUAUCCAUUUGAAUAGCUAGGAUAACUUUGGGAGCUAACGUCGACGGAGAGAGUACAUUACUCGCGCGCGCGCGCGCGGGUUCUGCCGGCAGAACGCGCGCGAUCGGUAUUCUGGCACUCUCUCGGCCGAACUACUUCCGAUCGUGCGGAGGAGUGGUGGCUAUGGACGGGAUGUCGAGGGUGGGCCUUGGAAUUCAUCGACUGCCGAGGCGCGUUAAGCGUAUCGCUUCCGUUCAUCUGGAAACAGCUUCGAUAUAAAUCGAGGCCAUUUCUCCCGAAAUGAACUCGUUGCGCUCUGAAUUCCGUACAUAUUUCUCGCACGUCUCCUUCGGAGUUUCAUAUUUUUGUGAAAUCGCUCGAUUAGGUACGUGCCCCGCCGCCCUCCGUAACGCGUGUAGAAAGCGCUCCGAAUAAUCACGCGCCAAGAACCAGUUUUGGAGGAGCGAUCCACUGAGAGAGAAAGUAAAAUAAUAUCGCGUGAUUCCGAUAAAAAUUUUUGCCAUAUAAAUGUGAAUAAUUACAUUUUCAAGAAAAUAUGCAGGGCGAGCAAAAAGUAUUGGACCGAUAAAAUUGGACAUUUGAGAAAAUGUUUCACAUAAAUUUGUAUAGUCUAUAGAAAAAAACAAACAAAAUUAAUUAAAAACAAAAUUGAUUUUUUAAAUCAUAUAAUCUUUGUUAUUUUUUAAAUAGAAUUAUAUAAUUUAUUUUGCAUAAUAUGAUUUCUCUUAUUAUUCUGCAUAUAAGAUGAGAGUUAUCGAAAAAUCAAUAGUAUUUACAAAGAGAGAAAGAGAGAGAAACUGAACAAUGAAAGAGAUACGGGCAUGUAUACAUAUAAUAAAGAAAAGAUUUACCGUAAAAAGUUUCAAAAAGUACGUGAGUAUUAAUUAGAGACCCUCUAAAAUCUAUCAGACAUGCAAGCGUGCUAUAACCAUAAUCGCGAGACGGGCAUUAUGUGCCGUGAUGCUAAUCUGAAACGGGUAGAAACAUAACGACUGCUUUUAGGCAUAUUGACGUUUAAGUAUGUUGCAUGCCGCGCACGUGAUCCGGUAUUGACGAUGUUGCACUGAAUUUUAAUUGUCUCGAUGCUUGAGAGAAGAUUAAGCGCUUUCGAUUUUUCUCGUGAUUUUCGCGCAGAAACGAGAGACAGACGUUUGACUCCCCCUUUCCUCCCUCUCCCGUACUUAGUGGAAAUGGUACUGCUUGGCGAACGUCGAGAAAUUUCAAUUAAACUAGUAUUGGAUGCCACUGUUGCCUUGGAUCAAGGAACUCUUAUUGAUUAUCCAUUGAAUGCCUUUGACUGAUCGCACCUGCUGUGUGAGGUGUCCAAGUCGCGUCACAUUCCAACGAAUAUGUCGGAUACGACGAGUUUUUGAUGAGAAAGGAUUAAAGUUCGCGUCGCUAACUCGGCACGCUCCCUACACGGAAAAAACAAGCACAGUUAUAUUAACAUGACAUGCUUGGUUCAACAAGAUUUAGUUGGACUAAAUAGAAUUUCUGGUUAUCAUAAUAAAAUAUUCUGGUAACCAACCAGAAUAUUUAGGUGUGACAAUGGUAAAAUUUUGAUUAUUACUAAUCUAGUUAUAAUAUCUAAGUGUCUGGUUAUUAUAACUAUAUAACAUAGAUAGAUAAACAUGAUAUGUAUAGUUAAUACAAUUAAACACAAUUUUUGGUUAUUAUAAUAAAAUAUUCUGGUAACCAACCAGAAUAUUUUGUUACAAUAUCCGUAACAGUUCAUUGGAUACCGUGUGUGGAUGUCGCAUCGGAAUUAUACGCGCAGUUCUUAUUUCAUUUGAUGAUCGUAAGCAGUGCUUCCAGUCUCAAAUUUUUUACAGCAGCAAGCGAUCGACAAUCGACUAUCUGCUGUCUUUUUUCCAUGAAGGAGACAGCUCGAGAGAAAAGGAAACAGCAGAUAGUCGAGUGCCGUCGACCAAGCUGUUCGCUAUCCUCUCCACUUACAGCACGCUGCUGUGAAAAGAGUCGAGACUGGAAACACUGUCGCGAGUUUCCUCACAAAAAUUAUAAAUUUGGACUGUGGACGUGUUGGACGUGUUAAACGUGUUGGACGUGUUGUGGACGUGUUGUGGACGUGUUGUGGACGUGUUGUUGGAUAAAAAUAACCUCAAAAACGAUUAUAUAUUAAAAAUGGAUGAUAAAACAUGCGAUUUACUUCGUGAAUGGGGAUUUGAAGAUUAUAUUGACAUCUUUAAAGCAAAUGAAAUUGAUUAUACAGCUUUGAAAAUUAUGAAGCCUUCCGACUUUCAGACUAUAAUACCAAAGAUAGGACCUAGAAUCAAAUUUUGUGAUAAAUUAGACCAUUAUAAGGCUGAUCUACUUACACAGCAAUUAAUCUCUUCACAAGCAUCAUCCUUAAUAAAUGAUAUAUCAACAGAAAACGAUUCUUUAAAUCCUCCAAUUGUAAUUUCUGAUAACAAUGAUGUUUAUGACACUGAUAACACUGUUAUAAAAGAAACAGUAUUAAACGUAAUCACUUUGAAUGAAGAAGGAGGAGAGCAGACAGAAGAGAUACAUUCUACAACAAAUGUUAUUACACAACUCUGUGAUACUGAUUUAGAUGCAAAAGCUGCCAAAACUGUUUUAAAUAGUACUUGUAGUUAUAAACAAAAGGACGCAGCAAGAAGCAAACUGUGUUUAGCCAUUAUUAAAAAUGAGUUAAAAGAAAACGAGAACAAAAGAGUAAGUCAUAGACGAUGGCAAGAAUUAGCCUUGCAAAUACAGGACGCUAUUCCAGGAGAAAUUCAAGAGACAUAUUAUAUUCCUUAUAAAAAGCAUUCUGACAAGAAAGUAAAUGCCAAAGGCAAAUUGUACGAUAAAUAUACAAAUUAUGUAAAAGAACUACGUAAAAGUGGUUUAAGACAAAAAAUUUCAAAUUCGACAAACAAUGAACCAGUUGUAACUUUAAAUGAUGAUUUGAGUAGAAUGCUUGAGUGAAUAUCAAUUAAUUAAAAGUUCUUUAUCCCCUACUUUCACUGGAAAAUGCAUGGAAACUACUUUCAGCAUAGAGGUAUAAUAUACAAACCUAAUCUCUGUGUAGUUAUUGAUAUUUUAGAUGAUCUUCCCCAAUUUGGCAUUAUACAAAAAAUUUUAUGCAAUGAAAGCGAUGAUUUGUGUUUAGUAUGUCAAAAUAUGUAUACCAUAGGAUUUAAUGAAAACCUACAUGGUUUCGAAGUUCAGGAUGCCGUAGGCUUAACCGCUGUAAAUAUAUCUCAUUUGUUUAACCCUUUUCCUGCGAUAGUAGCACGUUUGCCAUUGAGCGGCAAUUUGUUAGUAGCAACUAAAUUUGCCUUGUAAACUUAUAAGUUAUAUAUAUGUAUAAUAUAUAAUUAAUGUAAUUAUUAUUUUGUUAUUGUAAAAGAAAGUAUAAAAUAAAUAUUCCUUAUAAUUGCUAGAAAACAUUUUGUUAUUUGUACUUUGGAUAAAUGAACUACACUAUACUUGUUUCUUCAAUCAGAAGUCUAGUUAUAUUUAUAAGAUAUUACCAUCAUAUUACAACUAACAAUGUAGUCAUUUUCACCAGAAUUCAACCAGAUUUAUUUGGUUACUUAAACCAUAAUAUGAGUCACCAAACUUGUCUGGUUGUCUUUAUCAGAAACGCGUUACCAAAUUUGUCUGAUUAACUUAAACAAAAGUAUGGAUCGUCCAUAUUUUACCAGACGAUCUGGUUAAUAUAUCCAGAUUUCUGAUUGAUCCAACUAAAUAUUUUUUUCCGUGUAGUAAACAGUGAAGUCGAGAUUUCUUCCGACAUAAUUUUCCAGUUACUCUCACGUAGCACACCUAUCGUUGAAACGAAGCGAGAUUCACAGCAAGAGCGCGCGUUCCCGUAUAAACUAUGUAACACGACGGUCUCUCUUCAGGACAAUUUCGAGCAUUCGUGUGUUGUCGUGAGUGCCGUGUAGUGGCGUCAGGAAUUUUGCAGGCGUCGCCGUUAACGGCACCAACAGCCGCCAACCAUUACCAUCGUGUCACCGGCGGCAGUAGUAACAGCCAGCAGCAGCGCCAGUAGGAGGAACGUCACUUCUAUCUUCUCUCCUUCGGGCAACUGCGAGUCGUCGGCGGGCGAGCCGGGGGAGCGAUUUGCAUAUUCAUUAAACACCCACGGAGCCUACAUGCAGAUACUACCACUCGCUUUGCCCUCGUCUCACAGCCCGAGAGCACUUUUGCAUCGCCCGCGGAUGUGUUCUCACAUGGCGAACGCGGGAGUUGAGUAACGGCGGCGGGGCGAAAGGAUUGUCGUCGCGCGCGUCCCCCGAUAAGAACCGACCAACGAACCAAGCGCGUCUGUCGUUAACGAGCGAAAUUUAAGACGUAUUUGCAUUCGGACUUGGCGCAAGUUGAUAACGACUCGAUCCGCCGUCUCCGGGCAUCGCCUGGACCGUUUUGGGCGCGGCCAUAACGGCAAGUAAUGUAUGUUCGUAGCAGUGUACUUGCGCGGCCACAGGAUGGUGCGAUAAGAACGCCGUUUCCAUCUUCCACGGCGAGGUGGCUCGACGCCUUUCGAACGUACGCUCGCCUCUGUUCGUAAUUAAUUCGGGAGUUGCUGUACGUAUCGCGUUCCCCUUCGGCGGCGGCGGCGGCGGCGGCGGCCACCGAGAGUAAGUUCGAAAGUGAAGCGAAAGAGCAGGGCGUGCCAAGUGGAGAACAACGUGCUGUCGAGGUGGCAGGACGAGGGAGCAUGAGAUAAAAAGCAAGAGAGAGAGAGAGAGAGAGAGAGCGAGAUGAGUCGACUUUCUAGCCGUAAGACUUCUACCGCAGUCGGCGAGCACUAGCGCCGAAUUAUGCAUUUUCUUGUCGUCUCGUCGAAUAAGAGCCAACUGAAUAUUAAUGCCACCGGUGUAAUAGUUUGUAAACUAGGUCUCCGGCUGUUAGGGGGAUCGUCGUUCGCAUCGUUAGUGCGCAUAAAUGUGCGCCCGUGGGCGCCGUCGUUCGUGGAAUACGACAUUGCGGGGAAUGACUGAUAUCAUCAAGCUCCCAGGAAUACCAGGCAGAUGAAUACUUAGAUAAAUAGACAGAAGAAUUCACCUUGAACAUUAGGUCCUCUUUGAUUCUUAAUGAAUUAUGAUUACAAUUUCAAUAAAGAUAAUUCAAGUGACAGUUAUGAGAAAAGAAGACAGAAAUUUGCUCUGUCUAUCUAAUGAUAUUAUUAACGCUGAAAUAUUUUAAUAAAAAACACAUUUGGGGUUUUUUUUUUAAUUUCCUUCAUAUAGUAUAUGUCUGAUAAACUUUAAAAAUUUUAUAAACUGUAAAAAAGUGGUAAAGAUACAUGUAAUAAUAGACAAAUGUAUAAUAAAUAAAUACGAAUAAAUAAAAUAGUUAAAAUGUCAAAUGCGUUUGUAUCAUAUGUAGACAGAUUCCUGAGACAGUUGUCUGCUGUUUUUCUACUUUCUUAUAAUGGAUAUCACUUUUUUUAAGUUUCUAUCCAAAAUACGGGCGAAAAUAGAAACCGUCGAAAAACUUUGUACCGGUGUUGAAAUAUCAUUGUCAAAUUCAAAGUAACUUGUGAGCCGUAAUCGAAAAAA